AUGGCGGCACCAAUACCCGAGUUCAAAGAUGAUUUCAUGCGUCUGGCGGUAUCGCCAAACUCCGACGGAGCAGUAAUUCCAUCAACCCUUCCCGCGGCAGCCAUGCCGGCACCACUACCCGAGUUCAAAGAUGAUUUCAUGCGUCUGACGGUAUCUCCAAACUCCGACGGAGCAGUAAUUCCACCAACACUUCCCGCGACAGCCAUGCCGGCAUCAAUACCCGAGUUCCCAGAUGAUUACACUUGUCUACAGGCAAUGGAACACGCCGAUACAAAAUUAUUUGAUCAGUGGGAGGGCAUAAUGAGAAACCGGGGACAAUAUAUCACCUUUGUGCUCAAACCUGAGAUAACACCUGCAGAUGUGGCUCUAUGCCCCGUGCAUGUACGGGUCCCACGGGGGUACAAUAACAUGCCUGAUAAAAAUGAAAAAGUAGGACGACUGUGGCUCGAAAACAGGCAUGCAGGAAUUACGGGCAAUUCUGUCGCUUUCCCUAUCGAGACCCAGGAUCAAUUGGGCAAAAACUUUGUCGACUUCAUUUUCACCAACAUUGCUAUCUCGGGGCCGCCCGGCCGAUAUAGAUUCUUCUUCCAGGUCAUGGUAAAAGACGAAACAGCUCCUGCGAGGUGGACAAUGUGGGCGAGAAUGACAUCCUCGGGAAUUGAAGUGAACAGGUACAUCUACUUUGGGGGCUUUGUCGAUAAUAUCGAUCAUCAAACACUCAAUUUGUCGUGUCUUCAUUGGGUUGUCCGCCAGUACUUUCCUGAUAGCAGCAGAAUAUAUGCACUACCAUCCAUUCUCCUCUCGCUCUGCCCGGCAUUCCAACAGUGUGUGCCCGAGCCGCCACAAGAUGUCCUGAUCCGUGAUAGUGUGUACAUGGGGCACCGGUGCGAUCACUCGAGCAAGCCGCUCCAAGCAAGCGAGUUGGCCUGGUUGGCAAGUACGAAAGGCCUUCCUCCAGCUGCAGCUGACCUCGUGACUUUGUCCAACCGGAGACCACACCAAAACAUCCCGGAGGUGAGGCAGAGAGCCCCCGUCUUGAUGCCUCGCCCGGGAAAAGCCCUGGGCUACGACCGUGUCCUCGAGAAGGUUCAGAUCAGUACUGUUGCUUUUUCACCAGAGUGUGGCAACCGUCCAUAUGCAUUCAAUAUCCAGGCCGCGCCGCAGCCAGCCGGCUGGCCGAGAGGCCUUCGCCGUCAUUGGCGGUUGAAGCGGCAAUUACCUCGGGCCAUGACCGGGGACGAGGGGAGCAAACAAGUCUCCAGGCCCGGCCAGGCAGGCCAGGUCAGGGGCCUUGUCGCAACUGGCAGUCGUAUUUUACGGCCCGUUCAAAAACGGCCCAGCCGCCCCAUAUGGUGGAGCGGGAACGCGUGUGAUAGGGCCAAGCCCGGCGGGGCGGCAGAUGGCUCCGAGACCUCUUAG